AUGGAGAUUAUACAACUGAUACUCGACAACCACCGAUUCUUCAAUGAAAGUACUAUCGGUGAUAUUAUCACCUAUUCAUUUAAAACAGGUAAUAUAAAGUUGAUAGAUUAUCUAUUAGCUUGUAGCUUUAGAAAUUGUAAUCAAUCAAAGAUAGCAAUCAAUUAUGCAUGUAAACAUGGUCUCAACAUGGUUAAACUCUAUAUUGAUAAGUUUUUAUACGAUAAUACCGCAAUUUCAACAUCAACAAUCAAAAUGAUCAUCGAGCAAAACAACAUGGAGUUACUUAAAUACAUGCUAGAUCGCUAUUAUCGUGUACCUGACCCCAUGUUAGCUCGGAUAAAUUUCAAAUUUAAAGUAAAAUCUUAUUAA